GUUUCUCCUUCGCUUGUUCCGGUUGUCUCGCAGUUUCCGCCGUUAAACGUUGAACUUGUCUCCUCGGCGGAGACGAACCGUCGCCGCUUGUCGGAACCUCCGUCCUCCUCGCGCGGUUCUCGACCUCCGGUGCGGACCGGGGAGGACCGGAGCGGACCGGAGCGGACCGGGGAGGACCGGAGCGGACCGGGGAGGACCGGAGCGGAUCAGAGUGGACCGGAGCGGACCAGAGUGGACCGGAGCGGACCGGAGUGGACCGGGGCGGACCGGGGGCUCGGCGGGGAUGGCCGCCUCGCGCCGCGGGCUCUCGACGAGCGGCGCUGCAGGAAGCGGGAGCUGGGACGGUGCGGGCGCGAUGAACCAGAUCACCGUGGUGAGAAUCGACGACUCUCACAUCGCAGAGGAGCAGUGUCACGACGCGGCGGACGUCUACGAGGUGGAGUACUCGGUACCCGCGGUGGAGGAGGAGGAGGAGGAGGAGGAGGAGGAGGAGGACGGCGUCUAUGUUAUUGAGUAUUCAAAUCCCGAGGAGGAGGGGGAGAGUUACCAGUUCACCAUGUCCGUGGACAGAUCGCUUCCUGCCAAGAAGGCAGUCAGAGAAAACGCCAGAGCUCCGUCGACCGCGGCGUCCAAAGCAUCCGCGGCGUCGCGGCCGAGACGAGAGGCGACGAAGAAGAAGAAGAGGAAGAUGAAAACGGCGGCGGGCGGACCUGUGACCAAUAAGAGCGUGUUGCAACGUGGCGACUCAGGCGAAGGACGGCUGGCCUGCGCGCUGUGCCCUCCGCCGGGGAGACUCUUCCGCCGGGCGUCGGGUCUCGCCGUGCAUCUGAGAACGAUGCACGUGACGGAGGAGAAGAAGAAGUCGUUCUUCUGCCCGCACUGCAAGCAGACGCUUCGCAAUCAGAUCGAGCUGGACACGCACACGCGGCGCCACGCCAAGCAGCUCGCCGUCUAUACCUGCCUGCUCUGCCCGGCCGCAGCAGGAAGCGGGACGGAGACGGCGACGGCGACAACGACGGGGUACAAGGGCACGAAGAUGGGCCUGAGGGCGCACCUGCUGAAGCAGCACCCGGGCGUCGUCCCGCGCUGCGACGUCUGCAACCGAGGUUUCAACACCAUCACGUCGUACCUCAAAGAUCAGUUCAGGCACGUGGGCGUGUCGCCGUACUACUGCGCCGAGUGUCAGAUCUACGAGAUGACGGAGCGGGGGCUGAACGUGCACAUCAUCAACGACGACAAGAGGAAGAAGAGGAGGCUGCAGACGCCGCCGCCGCAGACGGAGAACAACAACCCGCCGAUGCUCGGAGUCUCCGCCAGCGUCGAUAACUCUGCGACAGAUGACUCGGACGCCUGAUCCGGAAGAUUCCACCUGCGUCCGACUUAUGCAUCUUGUACAAACAGCUGCGGCCUUUAUUUUCCUCUGAGUCGAAGAGAGACGCUAAACCUCUGGCAUCGAUCAGUCGUUCUCUGGAUAAAUGCAAGAAUAAUGUCUUGCAACGUCAACCAGCUGAUCAUUUUCAUCAUCGAUUAACCUGUCGAUUGGAGGAAGAUUAACAAACUAAAAGUUCAAAAGUUCAAAUACAACCAAUUAAUACACAGAACUUCCUAUAUAUAUAUUUCUAUAUAUUUCUAGCAGAACAGGACUCGGACUCGGCGACCGAGUUUUUAUUUGUCUUGAUUUGAAUCCUGGCGUCAAAUUGAGAAUUUUUACUAUAUUUUUAAAAUUUGUUUUUGCCACAACUUUGUGUGCUGGAUUCUCGUCCCUGCAGCCGCCCCACUAUGGUUUUUGUAAUAUUUCCCAUCACGACAGUUGGAUCAUGUAAAUAUUUUACUUUAAUGUUCUAGUUUUUUGGGGUGAUUGAGUCAAAAUGACACAUUUGAGCAACGAAAUCAUAGUUUGUGGCGUCGAUACACUGGACUGUUCAUAUUAAUACAAAUGAAAGAUCAAUACUCCAGAAACAUCAGGUGUGUGUGUGUAUAUAUAUAUAUAUAUGUAUAUAUGAUCCACUACAUCUUCGCCGUUAAGUUUGACCUCGGUGAUAAACAUGUUUUUACAUUUACACGUUUCCAAUAAUAACAAAUUCAAAUUGUUUUACCAGUUAAAAUUUUUUUUUUUUCAAACAGUGGUAUGAAAAUAAAAACACAAACUUUUCAUUUGACACUUCAGACUUUGAGUUUCUGUUAAAGGUUGAUAUUAUUAUGAAAUGAAUAAAUCAAAAACAUUGUUCUGCGUGAUAAAAUCACCAAGUUGUUUUUUUAACAGUAUUUGGAUUGAAAUCUGUUGCAUGUUUUUUUUAUUAAUUGUUAAAAUCACUUUUCGCCUGUUUUUAGUUUUUUUUUAACUAGAACUUUGAUUUAAUUUUUGCAGCGUUUGUCUUUGUCUUUUUAUUUUUAAUUUUUGUUUGAAUCUCAUUAAAGGGAAACUCCACCGAC